UUUAUGACGUUUUCUAUUGGUUUCUGUUUUUCGUCACUUGACACUCGUGAGUUGUCACUCCGCAUUAAGUUUUCUCUACUUAAAUUUCGUCUGUUUAAAGUUUCUCCAUUUUGUCUUAAUCUCAAUACUCUCUUUUGUAGUAUUCAUUAGUUUUCAUCUCAUCAACCGAUAACAAAAUGAGCUAUCCAGGAUAUCCACCAAACAACCAGGGAUUCCCUGGCCAACCUGGAAUGCAACAGCCUGGUUCUCAACUUCCUUACCCACCAUACCCAGGUGGAAAUAUAGGUCAACAAGGUUUGCCAAUGCCUAAUGCUUAUCCACCUAGUCAACCAACUUAUCCCUCCCAAAAUCCAUACCCUCAAGUAGGUCAAUAUCCACCACAUCAGCCAGCUGGUCAAUUUCUACCUCCAUCUGCUGGCUCGUCCAUGUAUCCUUCAUACCCACCACAGGCUUCCCCGUAUGCAAAUAAUCAACCACCAUCAAAUUAUCCACCUCAGGCUUCCCCUUAUCCAAUAAGCCAACCCCCAUUAAACUAUCCACCACAGUCUACAUACCCAAGCCAUCAACAAACAUCUUCGGUUUAUCCAAAUAUGACAUCUGGUAGUUAUGGAGGAGGUUCUCAAGCUCCACCGCAAGCAGCUUAUCCACCUAUUAGCACUCCUGCUCAUUAUCAACCAUUGAACAGCUCACCUGCUCAGAAAAAGUCUAACCCAACUUUGCGUCCUGCAAAUCCAUUUGAUGCACAUCGUGAUGCUGAAAUAUUGCGUAAAGCUAUGAAAGGAUUUGGAACAGAUGAAAAAGCUAUAAUUCAAGUUUUGGCUCACAGAGUCAAUUCUCAAAGACAAGAAAUUGCCCAGCAGUUUAAGACAAUGUAUGGCAAAGAUUUGAUAUCAGAUCUGAAAAGUGAACUGAGUGGAAAGUUCAAAGAUUUGAUUGUAGCACUCAUGACACCAACAAAUGAUUUCCUAGCAAAAGAAAUCCAAAAUGCUGUUUCUGGUAUUGGCACUAAUGAAGAAACAAUUAUUGAAAUUAUAUGUACUGCAUCUAAUGCAGAAAUCAAUAACAUAAAAAUGGCGUAUCACAAAUUGUUUGGAAAUGAUCUAGAGAAAGAAUUAAUGGGAGAAACAUCUGGAAGUUUUCGUCGAUUAUUGGUGUCACUUUGUCAGGGAAAACGCAAUGAAAAUACGUUUGUUGAUGUAGCAUCAGCACAAUCUGAUGCACAAAAUUUAUUACAAGCCGGUGAACUUCAGUUUGGCACAGACGAAUCUACAUUCAACAUGAUCUUGUGUAGCCGUAGUUUUCCUCAGUUACAACAGGUAUUUCUAGAGUAUCAUCGUUUAACAGGACGAGACUUUGAGGAUGUUGUCAAGAGUGAAUUCAGUGGGGAUAUUGAAAAUGGACUCCGAGCAAUUGUUAAAUCUGUAAGAGAUAAAAGUUCAUAUUUUGCUAAGCGUUUAAAUGAAAGUAUGGCCGGAUUUGGAACUAAUGACAGAGCUUUGAUUCGUAUUGUUUCUACUCGCUGUGAAAUAGAUAUGGUUGAAAUAAAAAAUGCUUACUUGUCAAUGUAUGGGAAAUCUUUAGAAGCUGAUAUUGCGUCUGAUACUAUGGAUGAUACAUCAGGCGAUUACAAAAAAUGUCUUAUUGCUUUAGUGGUUGGCUAAAUAUAAAUAACAAUAUUUUAAUAAUUCUGUACUCCAAUUAUACAAUUAUUGUUAAAUUUAAUAUCCUACACCUUAUUUAAUCAUAAUAUCCAAAAUACAUCUUUUUUUUCAUUUAAAAUACUUAUUGGCAAGUAGAUAUUCAUGUGGUUACUUUUAAAUUUACAGUAUUAUAUAUUAAU